GAUUUCCUGCCCGCCACUAGUCGACAGGCAGUAGAGGGAGGACUGAAGUGAAGGGAGAAUGAGUGAGUGAACUAGAAGAAAGUGUGGAGUGUGCUAUCUGUGAAGAGUCUGAAGUACCAGUUCAUUGAAAUUGAGUGGUUAGUUCACACUUCACUGGAGUGAAGCGUUCAUUUGAACAACUCAUUCACGAGCUCCCCAUAACUAGUUCGUAGUUUCCCCAGUAGAGCGCUGAGUCAGUAGCUAGUUUCACCAGCCUGCAGCGAGGUUAUUUUCUUUUCACCGCUGUCAAAAACUUUGUGAGAUGCCCCGUAGGAGGAAACGAAAAAGAAAAACUUGGGAUAAACAAGACAUGCAGGUAAUGCCGGCGACACCAGUGGACUUGUUGCCAGAUGAGAUGCUGCUAGAGAUCCUGUCACGGCUGUCGGUGGACGAGUUACUGGGUGCUGCCUCUCGCGUCUGCUCCCGCUGGGAGCGGCUGUGCCUGGAGGUGGCUGUGUGGCGUCGCUCUGGUGGCGGGCUCUGCUACCACGGCACCUCCGACUGGCCCUCCCCUGCAAAGGCACCCAGACCCACCAUCUGCAUAUAUGCCCGCAAUGAUGUCGGCCGUGUUCUUGGGGAGGUUUGGCUGCGUCGUGGAUGUGUUGCUUUGAGAAGACUGAUGCUACACAUGUGCAGACUGGGUGAUGCAGGGCGUCUGCUUCAAAUGACUGCCAAGGCUUUUCCAAGUAUACAAGAACUCAGCUUACAAGAAUGCAUGCCACUCAGCAUGCCUGACUACUGUUUACUUGCUGGCUUUACUGAACUACAGGCCCUCAACUUGUCACGUUGUAAGGGCAUGGGUGAAGAGGCUAUAUGUACAAUAGCCAGCAGAUGUACGCAGUUAAGGGAGCUCCGACUUGACUGGACAAAUUGCUUAAGGGAUAAUGACGUCAAAUUUAUUGUACAAAAACUUGGCCACCAGUUACAAGUGCUUACUCUAGGUGGCAGACUGCUGACAAAUGAAGGCUACAAAGUUAUUGCAGAUUGCAAAAGAUUGCAGGAACUAGGGCUGGCACCAUGUCAGGGCCUAGGAGAUGCUGGUCUCGCAGAAUGUUUGGUACCACUGACAAGUUUGAGUGCUCUGGAACUGGCACACCCCUCACAGCUUACUCGUAAUGGGCUGCUACACUUCCUCAGUUUUUCCACAUACUUGGAGAAUCUUACUGCUCUUAGACUGUCAUGGUGUGAAGCUCUCACUGAUGCUGGGUUAGAAAUCAUUGCAAAAAGGUGUGCGGGUCUCAGGAGAUUGUGUGUAAUACACUGCUCUCAUAUCUCAGAUCGAGGUGUGUCUCAAAUAAUCGAGCACUGUCAUCAUAUACAAAUUUUGAGUCUUAUCUGGAAUGAUGGCAUUUCAGGUCGUGAUUUUUUGCCGCUCUUGGUCUCCAGUCUACCAAAGCUGCGACGGCUGGAUCUGGGGUACUGUGACAGUAAUACUCGUGAACACUUAAAUGAAGUUAUGUCUCAAAGAAAGGGUAUUGCAGUUGUGGGGCCUGAAGUGUGGUGCGGUCCACGCAGUAAUCCACAUGUUUGCUGUGCCCCUUGGGAUCUAGUUGCUUAAUUAUAGUUUUGCGGACGCAUGAACUGUUUUGUUCUGAUUUCUGGAAAUUUCCAAAUGAUUUGUAAGGAAAAAAAAUAUUGACAUGAAAAAUGUAUUUAUGUAAGUAAAUAUUACUGUUUCAAACACCAUUUAUUAAAUUUACCGUGUAAGGAACUUAUUUAAAUAAAGCUGUAUCCAAAAUCCGUUAAGAAA